AUGCGAAAACCGUUAUUAUCGUACACCUGCCCACAGGCCACCAAGCUCGGUUGCCCUUUAACCGAGCCACGCUUCCCUCCCUCUAUCGCUCAGGUACUAUACGAGCAACAGCUCUAUCUAACUAUAACAAGGGGACACCUUUCGUACUGUCCGUUGCGUACAAGCGGUCUGUCCGGCACGCGUCGGGGACACGACGCGUACUAUGGACGAGCCUGUCGGCUCCGGGCGUCAGCUUUGGCUAAUCCUGUCGCGGGCUUUUGCACGCGCGGUGCGGCGGGCGCGCGCGAAAAG